GGGUAGAGUAAAAAAGACAAUUUCUGUUGUUUGGAGUGUUUGAAGGAUGGCUUCCCAGUUUCACCAGCUCCGGGUCUUGGUUUGGAAGAACUGGCUCGGUGUCAAAAGGCAGCCGCUGUGGACACUUGUCUUGAUUUUAUGGCCAGUCAUUAUUUUCAUAAUUUUGGCUAUUACCCGGACCAAAUUUCCUCCAAAAGCAAAACCAACUUGCUACCUUGCUCCUCGAAACCUCCCUAGCACCGGCUUCUUCCCAUUCCUGCAAACCCUCCUCUGCGACACAGACUCUAAGUGCAAAGACACGCCGUACGGCCCACAGGAUCUGCUCCGCAGGAAAGGCAUUGACGAUGCACUAUUUAAAGACAGUGCAAUUCUGAGGAAGUCAUCCAACCUGCAGAAGGACGGCAAUUUAUCACUCCAGAGCACCAAAGCUCCAGAAAGAAGACAUGCAUCACCAGCCACAGUAUUUCCCAGUUCAAGUUCUGAUUUGGAAAGUACUGGAACAGGUACUUUUAAUGGUAGUGAAGUCCUUGCCAGGAUCCUUGAUUUGGAAAAGCUAUUGAAGCAAAAUUCAACUUCAGAAGAUAUACGAAAAGAACUCUGUGAAACCUACCCAGGAUAUAUUGCUGAUAACACCUUCUCUUGGACCACUUUAGGGAAAAAUGUUUUAAACAUAUUUUGCAUGUCCAACAUGACUGUUUUGGAGUCGUCUCUCCAAGAACUAACAAAUGAAUUCUCUCAGAUUUCAAGGGACCCCAACAACCAGAAGGCAGUAUUUCAGGAUAUAGUCAAGGCGCUGUCCUUCUUCUCCAAAGUGCAAGAGCAGACAGCUAUAUGGCAGCUUCUCUCUAGUUUUCCAAAUGCAUUUCAGAAUGACACGACGCUAACCCAUGUAUUUGAUGUUCUUCGACAUGCAAACAGUGCGCUGCUGGCCGUGCAGAAGCUGUAUCCACGUGUCACCACAAACGAAGGUUUCAGAACUCUCCAUAAAUCCGUUAAACAUCUGCUGUACACCCUGAACUCCCCAGCUCAAGGCGGCUCCGAUAAUACAACAUACUCGUGGAGCGAAGAAGAUGGACAGUCACUUUCUCCAAGCAGCCUGGCAGCACAGCUCCUAAUACUGGAAAAUUUCGAAGAUGCCCUCUUAAAUAUAUCAGCCGAUAGUCCUUACAUUCCUUAUUUGGCAUGUGUGAGAAAUGUCACUGACCACUUGGCCAGGGGGUCACAAGAAAAUUUAAGACUCUUGCAGUCUACAAUUCAAUUUAAAAAAUAUAUUCUUCAAAAUGGUUCCUAUGAGGAUUACUUUCCUUCACUUCCUGAAGUCCUGAAAUCAAAAGUGUCUCAACUUCGGCACUUGACAGAACUCCUUUGUGAACCCGAAACUUUCAGUUCGGUAGAGAAGCUGUGCCCGCUCUCUGAUAUGAACUUCAGAAACUUGUGUGAAGAGAGUGCGCUUCAUGUGCAACUUCUGGAGGCAGCAGAGCUCAGCACCGAAAUAGCAACCAGCUUACUGUACAACAACAUCAUCUCCAAAAAACUGAAAGAUCUGCUGACUGGGGAUCCGAUCAAAAUUAAUUUAAAUAUGGAUCGGUUUCUAGAACAGGCAUUGCAAAUGAAUUACUUGGAAAAUAUUACACGAUUAAUACCAGCCAUAGAAGCCACACUGCAUGUCAAUCACAGUGCAGACACUUCUGAAAAACCAGAACAGUUAAUCGAAAUGUUUAAAAAUGUGGAAACACUGAAGGAAGAGAUGCAGAGACUGACAGGACUGUCCAACAGGAGUAUCGACAAUAUGCUGGCGAUUCCUAUCCCUGACAACAGAGCUGAGAUUAUUUCUCGUGUGUUCUGGCUGCAUUCGUGUGAUGCUAAUAUGACCGAUCCCAAGCUGGAAAGGGCGAUGGAGGAAUUCUGCAGCCUGCCUCUUCCAGAGCGGUCCCGGCAGUCUUACCUCAUUGGACUCACUCUUCUGCACUACUUAGACAUCUACAACUUCACGUACAAGGUGUUUUUUCCCAGGGAAGAUCAAAAGCCAGUAGAAAAGAUGAUAGAACUCUUCAUGAAGCUCAAAGGCAUCCUCAACCAGCUGGCUUCCGGCGCACACCCGCUGCUCAGCAAAAUGAGGUCCCUGAGACAAAUGCACCUGCCCAGAAGCGUUCCCCUAACGCAGGCAAUGUACAGGAGCAAUCGGAUGAGCACAACCCCGGGAUCAUUCAGCACCAUCUCCCAAGCCUUGUGUUCCCAAGGAAUCACCACCGAAUACUUGACCGCCUUGCUGCCCUCUUCCCAGAGGCAAAGGGGCAACCGCACCGAAGAUUUGUUGACUUACAAAUUAAGUAAAGAGCAAAUUGCUGCAAAAUAUGGAGUUCCCACAAAUGCCACACCAUUUUGCUUCUCCCUUUACAAAGACAUCAUUAACAUGCCUGCUGGACCUGUGAUUUGGGCUUUCUUGAAACCUAUGUUGUUGGGAAAGAUUUUGUAUGCGCCAUAUACUCCAGUCACUAAGGCAAUCAUGGAAAAGUCUAAUGUAACUCUGAGGCAGCUGGCAGAAUUAAGAGAAAAAUCUCAAGAGUGGAUGAAUCAGUCACCACUUUUCAUGAAUUCUUUCCACCUGUUAAACCAGACGAUUCCGAUGCUCCAGAAUACAUUAAGGAAUCCCUUUGUGCAAGUUUUUAUCAAGUUCUCCGUGGGACUUGAUGCUGUUGAACUAUUGAAACAGAUGGAUGAACUCGAUAUCCUGAGGCUGAAACUGGAGAACAGCAUUGACCUCGUUGAUCAUCUGAACACACUAUCUUCCCUGACAGUAAAUAUUUCCUCCUGUGUACUAUAUGACCGUAUUCAGGCAGCAAACAGUGUGGAUGAAAUGGAGAGAGAAGCUGACAGACUCUCCAAAAGCAAUGAACUCUUUGGAAGUGUUAUUUUUAAGCUUCCUUCUAACAGAAGCCAACACAGAGGCUAUGACUCUGAAGAUGUCUCUCUUCCUCCUGUCGUAAAAUACACCAUCCGCAUGAGUCUCAAGACCUCACAGACUACAAGAAACAUAAGGACUAAGAUUUGGGCCCCAGGGCCGCACAAUUCUCCAUCACACAACCAGAUCUACGGCAGGGCUUUUGUUUACUUACAGGAUAAUAUUGAAAGAGCAAUUAUUGAAUUGCAGACUGGAAGGAACUCCCAGGAAAUAGCAGUCCAGGUCCAAGCAAUUCCUUAUCCCUGCUACAUGAAAGACAACUUCCUAACCAGUGUCUCUUAUUCUCUUCCAAUCGUGCUCAUGGUGGCCUGGGUUGUAUUUAUAGCUGCCUUUGUAAAAAAGCUUGUUUACGAGAAAGACCUCCGGCUUCAUGAGUACAUGAAGAUGAUGGGUGUGAACUCCUGCAGUCACUUUUUUGCCUGGCUGAUAGAGAGUAUUGGAUUUCUACUGGUGACCAUCGUCAUCCUCAUCAUUAUACUCAAGUUUGGCAAUAUUCUUCCUAAAACAAAUGGGGUCAUUUUGUUCCUGUAUUUUUCGGACUACAGCUUCUCAGUUAUUGCCAUGAGCUACCUCAUCAGUGCCUUCUUUAACAACACCAACAUCGCAGCUCUGAUCGGAAGCCUCAUCUACAUCAUUGCCUUUUUCCCCUUCAUCGUGAUGGUUACAGUUGAUGAUGAGCUAAGCUACGUAGUAAAAGUGUUCAUGAGCCUCCUGUCGCCAACAGCAUUCAGCUACGCCAGUCAGUACAUCGCGCGAUAUGAAGAGCAGGGCAUUGGUCUUCAGUGGGACAAUAUGUACAGCUCCCCGGUUCAGGAUGACACCACCUCCUUUGGCUGGCUGUGCGGACUGAUUGUAGCUGACUCCUUCAUUUAUUUCCUCAUUGCUUGGUACGUCAGGAAUGUCUUCCCAGGUACAUAUGGCAUGGCAGCUCCAUGGUAUUUCCCAGUUCUUCCUUCCUACUGGAAGAAGCAAUUUGGAUAUGCAGAGGUAAAGCAUGAGAAGAGCAAUGGCCUGAUGUUUACUAAUAUCAUGAUGCAGAACACCAACCCCUCUGCCAGUCCUGAAUAUAUGUUUUCUUCCAAUAUUGAACCUGAACCUAAGGAUCUAACAGUCGGGGUGGCCCUGCAUGGAGUCACAAAGAUCUAUGGCUCAAAAAUCGCUGUUGAUAACCUCAAUUUGAACUUUUAUGAAGGGCAUAUUACUUCACUGCUGGGGCCCAAUGGAGCUGGGAAAACUACUACCAUCUCCAUGUUGACUGGACUGUUUGGGGCCUCAGCAGGUACCAUCUUUGUUUAUGGAAAAGAUAUCAAAACAGACCUGCACAGCGUACGCAAGAGCAUGGGAGUCUGCAUGCAGCACGACGUCUUGUUUAGUUACCUCACUACCAAAGAACACCUUCUCCUAUAUGGCUCCAUCAAAGUUCCCCACUGGACUAAAAAGCAGCUGCAUGAGGAAGUAAAGAGGACUUUAAAAGACACUGGACUAUAUAGCCAUCGUCAUAAGAGAGUUGGAACAUUGUCAGGAGGCAUGAAGAGGAAGUUAUCCAUAUCCAUAGCUCUCAUUGGUGGAUCAAGGGUGGUCAUUUUGGACGAACCAUCCACCGGAGUUGACCCAUGUUCUCGCCGAAGUAUAUGGGAUGUUAUAUCCAAGAACAAAACUGCCAGAACAAUCAUCCUCUCGACGCACCACUUGGACGAGGCCGAAGUGCUGAGUGACCGCAUCGCCUUCCUGGAGCAGGGGGGGCUGCGCUGCUGCGGGUCGCCCUUUUACCUCAAGGAAGCAUUUGGGGACGGCUACCACCUCACGCUCACCAAGAAAAAGAGUCCAAAUCUAAAUGCUAGUGCAGUGUGUGACACAACGGCUGUGACAGCGAUGAUCCAAUCACACCUCCCUGAAGCCUACUUGAAGGAGGACAUAGGGGGAGAGCUCGUUUAUGUGCUCCCUCCAUUCAGCACCAAAGUCUCGGGGGCCUACCUGUCACUCCUAAGGGCGCUGGACAACGGCAUGGGCGGCCUCAACAUCGGCUGCUACGGCAUUUCCGACACCACCGUGGAAGAGGUCUUCCUGAACUUGACUAAAGAGUCACAAAAAAGUAGGGAUAUGAGACUUGAGCACUUAACACAAAAGAAGAUUGGAAAUGCCAGCACCAGUGGCACCUCGACCCCGGAUGAUCUGUCCGUGAGCAGCAGCAACUUCACAGACAGAGAUGACAAAAUCCUGACGAGAGGAGAGAGGUUGGAUGGCUUUGGACUCUUACUGAAGAAGAUCAUGGCGAUACUCAUCAAGAGGUUCCACCACACCCGCAGGAACUGGAAAGGUUUCAUUGCUCAGGUUGUCCUCCCCAUUGUCUUUGUAACCACUGCCAUGGGCCUUGGAACACUGAGGAAUUCCAGCAACAGUUAUCCAGAGAUCCAGAUCUCCCCAUCUCUUUAUGGCACCUCUGAGCAGACUGCCUUCUAUGUGAAUUCUAACCCAAGCACAAAAGCCCUGGUCUCAGCAAUGUGGACCUUCCCUGGCAUCGACAAUACCUGUUUGAACAUCAGUGAUAUGAGUUGUUUAGAAAAAGACAGUCUGGGAGAAUGGAACACGAGUGGAGAACGUAUCACUAACUUCGGUGUUUGCUCCUGUUCAGAAAAUGUCCAGGAAUGUCCCAGGUUUAACUAUUCUCCACCUCACAGAAGAACUUAUUCUUCCCAAGUAAUUUAUGACCUCACUGGGCACCGCUUGGAAAAUUAUCUUAUAUCAACUGCUAAUGAGUUUACACAGAGAAGAUACGGAGGCUGGAGCUUUGGGCUGCCUUUGACUAACGACCUUCGUUUUGAUGUAACAGCAAUUCCUGACAAUAGAACACUUGCCAAGGUGUGGUAUGAUCCAGAAGGCUAUCACUCCCUUCCAGCUUACCUCAACAGCCUGAAUAAUUUCCUCCUGCGAGUUAACAUGUCAGAAUAUGAUGCUGCCCGACACGGUAUCAUCAUGUAUAGUCACCCUUACCCAGGAGUGCAAGACCAAGAACAAGCCACAAUGAGCAGCUUAAUCGAUAUUUUAGUGGCACUCUCCAUCCUGAUGGGCUACUCUGUCACCACGGCCAGCUUUGUCACCUAUGUUGUGAGGGAGCAUCAGACGAAGGCCAAGCAGCUGCAGCAUAUUUCAGGCAUCGGCGUGACAUGCUACUGGGUCACAAACUUCAUUUUUGACAUGGUCUUCUAUUUGGUGCCCGUGGCAUUUUCAAUCGGUGUCAUUGCCGUUUUCAAGUUACCUGCUUUCUACAGUGGAAACAACCUAGGCGCUGUAUCUCUCCUGCUCUUGCUGUUUGGGUAUGCCACAUUUUCUUGGAUGUACUUGCUGGCUGGGCUCUUCCGUGAGACAGGAAUGGCUUUCAUCACUUACGUCUGCAUCAACCUUUUCUUUGGCAUCAAUUCCAUUGUUUCCUUGUCAGUGGUGUACUUUCUGUCCAAGGAAAAGCUUAAUGAUCCGACUUUAGAACUUAUUUCGGAAACCCUCAAGCGGAUUUUCCUGAUUUUCCCGCAGUUCUGUUUUGGCUACGGAUUGAUUGAACUUUCUCAACAACAGUCAGUUCUCGACUUCUUAAAAGCAUACGGUGUGGAAUAUCCAAGUGAAACCUUUGAGAUGGAUAAACUAGGUGCAAUGUUUGUGGCUUUGGUUUCUCAGGGCACGAUGUUUUUUUUCUUACGACUUUUAAUCAAUGAAUGGCUAAUAAAGCAAUUCAGACUCUUCUUCCGAAAAUUCAGUUCUUCACCUGUGAUCGAGACAAUGGAUGAAGAUGAGGAUGUGCGGGCUGAGAGGUUAAGAGUCGAGAACGGUGCUGACGACUCAGACCUGGUCCAGCUCCACCGUCUCACGAAGACCUACCAACUCAUCCACAAGAAGAUCAUCGCUGUGAACAACAUCAGCAUUGGCAUCCCCGCUGGGGAGUGCUUCGGCCUUCUCGGGGUGAAUGGAGCAGGAAAGACCACAAUCUUCAAGAUGCUGACUGGAGACAUCAUUCCUUCAAGCGGAAACAUUCUGAUCAGAAAUAAGGCUGGAUCUCUGGCUCACGUGGACUCUCACAGCUCCCUCGUUGGCUACUGUCCUCAGGAAGAUGCCUUAGAUGACCUAUUAACUGUGGAAGAACAUUUGUAUUUUUAUGCCAGGGUACACGGAAUUCCAGAGAAAGAUAUUAAAGAGACGGUUCAUAAACUCCUGUGGAGACUUCACCUGAUGCCCUACAAGGACAGACCUACCUCCAUGUGCAGCUACGGCACGAAAAGAAAGCUGUCCACCGCGCUGGCCUUGAUAGGGAAGCCUUCCAUCCUGCUGCUGGAUGAGCCGAGUUCUGGGAUGGACCCUAAGUCGAAACGGCACCUCUGGAAGAUCAUUUCAGAAGAAGUGCAGAAUAAAUGUUCUGUCAUCCUCACAUCUCACAGCAUGGAAGAAUGCGAAGCUCUCUGCACCAGGCUGGCCAUUAUGGUGAACGGGAGGUUCCAGUGCAUUGGGUCUCUGCAGCACAUCAAGAGCAGGUUUGGGCGAGGAUUUACGGUCAAGGUUCAUGUGAAGAAUACCAGAGUUAGCAUGGAGGCUCUCACAAGGUUCAUGCAACUGCACUUUCCAAAAACAUACUUAAAAGAUCAGCACCUCAGCAUGCUCGAGUAUCAUGUGCCAGUCACAGCAGGAGGAGUAGCAAACAUUUUUGAUCUGCUGGAAACCAACAAGGCUGCUUUAAAUAUCACGAACUUCUUAGUGAGCCAGACUACUCUGGAAGAGGUUUUCAUCAACUUUGCCAAAGACCAGAAAUCCUAUGAAACUGCUGAUACCAGUAGCCAGGCUUCCACCAUAAGCAUUGACUCACAGGAUGACCGGUUGUAGUCUUGGCAUCUCCAGCAAGCUGGCCUCAGCAAAGCCAAUGGCUUCAUUUUGAGGAAGAACCGCAGAAGACAUCCCUUCCUUGAAGAUACUACUUCCCUAAAAUAUCUUAAUUUUGAAGUAUUGUACUGUAUAGAAACUUACAAUUGUGUAAGACUAACAAAUAACUUUAAGCAGAAAGUUUUCUUUCUAAGGUCACUGAAUGUUGUUGCUACUGAAAUGAACUCCUCUACACUCAACACUGUGAGCAUGCUAAUGUGUACGGUGGCAACUUUUAUGCCAAAAUGAACCACCUGCAGAUAAAUGUCUUAAUUUAUUACUUUCAAUAAAAAAGAGAGCUGAAAAAGCAUGGUUAUUAGUGGAUGAAAACUAAGAGUGGAAAAGAAAAGUAAGGUAGCUUGGAGUAGGUAGAAUUGGGAGAGCAAACAAAAUAUUUCCAGAAAAUAUCAGAAUGAACAUCCUCAUGAAUACAUGUAUCUACUGUGACGUGAAAAGUGCUAAGGGCCAGAUUAGCAUCGGCAGGAAGCAGUGGGCACAGUGUCCACAAAGAAUAUGUCACUUUCUGUACCUGUAAAUACUUGCAGACAUACUGAAUCAACGCCCCCAAAUGGCUUUCUACAAGAAUGCCGGAGGAGGGCAGUUUACCCUGGUGGUAAACAGGACUUAGAGGUGUUCCUGCCGUGCCUCGAUAAUAAGAAGGCAUCAGGCAGAGCAAGAAGCUGCUUGCUCUUCAGGGAAGAAUGGGUGUGUCAGCUGGGCAGAUACAAAUCCCGAAAACUGAUGUGGAAUCUAUGUGCUGCUGGCAGGCGAGGUCAUUU